AUGGCGGACAAGCACCAGCAGUGGCCAGGCAGCAUCCUCUACAACAUGCUCAUGAGCGCGAAGCAAACUCACCAGGCAGAGGCUUCGGAAGCUCGGGCGGCACCCCGGGCGCGGACCCCGGGGGGCGCCUGCUGGGGCUGCUCCUGCGGCGCGGUGCCCGCGCUGGACAGAGAGGGGCAGCCGGGGAGGCGGGCGGGGACGGACCUGUACCGCUGCUGCUUCUGCGGCGAAGACCACCCUCGACAAGGCAGCAUCCUCUACCACAUGCUCACAAACGCCAAAAAGAUGCAGGAGACCCCCGCCACCGUCGUGAGGGGCUCCUGCUGGGGCUGCGCCUGCGGAGCGGUGCCCGCGGUGGGCAGAGACGGUGUGGCGCUCCUGUACCGCUGCUGCUUUUGCGGGCAGCAGCACCCGCGGCGGCGGGGCAGCAUCUUCUACAACCUGCCAGCGAGCUCCAAACAAAUGCACUCGGAGGAAGCUCAGCCCGUGGCGCUGCAGGGGGCCCCCUGGUGGAACCCCUGGAGCGGCGCCCAGCGCCGGGUGGCCCUCAAGAAUCCACAGGUGGUCUGCGAGGCAGCCUCCGCGGCCCUGCUGAGGACCAUGCGCUUUGUCAAAUACUUACCCUGUUUCCAGAUUCUGCCCCUGGACCAGCAGCUGGUGCUGGCGCGCAGCGGCUGGGCACCGCUGCUCCUGCUAGAGUUGGCCCAGGACCGCGUUAACUUUGAGACCAUGGAGACCUUGGAGACCGGCUGGCUGCAGAGUCUCCUCACCGCCAGGCGGCAGGAGACCGAGGGCGAGGAGCCGCCACCUCUCCCUCCGCAGCAGCAGCAGCAGCAGCAGAAGCAGCAGCAGCAGCAGCAGCGCUUGAUCCCGCCAACAGAGGCCACAGGUUUGCCAUCAGCCGCUGAGGUCCAGGCUAUCAAGGGCUUCCUUGCCAAGUGCUGGAGCUUGGGCAUCACUGCCAAGGAGUACGCCUACCUCAAGGGGAUCGUGCUCUUUACCCCGGACCUGCCAGGCCUCAAGUGUGUGAAGUACAUUCAGGGACUUCAGUGGGGAACUCAGCAGAUCCUCGGCGAACACACCAGGAUGAUGUACAGAGGGUACCAUGUCAGAGUCGCUGAACUGAAUAGCAUCCUUUUCCAGCUUAGAUUCAUCAGUGCCAGUGCUGUUACUGAACUGUUCUUCAGGUCCAUCAUCGGCACUGUCAGCAUGGAUGAUAUGAUGCUGGAGAUGCUCUGUACGACUUUAUAA